CCUCAGCCUGUGAAUGAGCCGUUAGAAAAUGGCCGCCGCGCCGAGCGGAGAGGAGAGACUGGAAGAAAAAGCAGAAGAUUUAGAUCAGAAAGACAAACCACCAAAACUCAGGAAAGUAAAAAAGGAUAAAAACAAUGACGGAGAGCUAUCUGACGAAGGCCAUCCAUCAACACAGCAGUCAGGAGAACCCGCUGAAGCACGGAAAGCUGAAGAACCUGAAAGCACAGAGGCUGCUGCACCUGCUGUUCCUGAUGCUUCUGCCUUCCCUAAGCAAAGACGGUCUGUUAUAAGAGAUAGAGGGCCUAUGUAUGAUGAUCCUACGCUUCCUGAAGGCUGGACAAGAAAGCUCAAGCAGAGGAAGUCUGGACGCUCAGCUGGAAAAUAUGAUGUUUAUUUGAUCAACCCGAGUGGAAAAGCUUUUCGGUCCAAAGUCGAGCUUAUAGCAUACUUCCAAAAAGUAGGCGACACAUCCCUCGAUCCCAAUGAUUUUGAUUUCACUGUCACCGGAAGAGGAAGUCCCUCUCGAAGGGAACAGAAACAACCGAAAAAACCCAAGGCUCCAAAAUCCACCGGCACUGGCCGAGGAAGGGGAAGGCCAAAAGGAAGUGGGAAGGGGAAGCCGACAGUCAAGCUAGGGGGUGUUCAGGUUAAGAGAGUAGUUGAAAAGACUCCAGGAAAACUUCUUGUCAAAAUGCCUUUAUCUGGAAACAAAGAAGAAUCUGAUGCAACCACGUCAGAGCAGGUGCUUGUCAUCAAGCGCCCAGGCCGGAAAAGAAAAUUAGAAACCAACCCGCCAGCAGCUCCGAAAAAACGGGGCCGCAAGCCAGGUAGUGCCAGCAUUGCUGCUGCAGCUGCUGCUGCUGCAGCUGCUGCUGCAGCAGCAGCAGCAGCUGAAGCCGCAAAGAAGAAAGCAAUCAAAGAGUCUUCCGUUAAGCCCCUCUUAGAGACUGUAUUACCAAUUAAAAAACGCAAGACACGGGAAACUGUGAGCCUGGAGGUUAUAGACACAGAGACCCCAGAGAUUCCGUCUGUUGUCACCGAAAAGUGCGCAAAGGUACCGAACCCUGCAAAAAGCCCAGAGAGCAAAGAGAGUAGCCCUAAGAGCAAGAGCACUCCGCCUAAAAAGGAGCAGCAGCAUCACCAUCAUCAUCACCACCACCACCACUCCGAAUCCAAGGCAUCCACAACUAGCCUGGAGCCAGAGACUUCGAAGGACAGCAUUAGAGCCCAGGAGCCACAGGACUUAAGUGUCAAAAUUUGCAAAGAGGACAAAGUACCCGAGAGUGAUGGUUGUACACAGGAACCACCUAAGACUCAGCCUGCAGAUAAGUGCAGAAACAGAGGGGAAGGCGAACGAAAAGACAUUGUUUCUCCAUCUGUACAACGGCCGAGCAGGGAGGAACCCAUUGACACCAGAACGCCGGUGACCGAAAGAGUUAGCUGACUUUGAGAAGUUUAAAAACAAAAACA